UCCUUCCUGCGGCGCCUUCGGGACCAUGGCCGAUCCUCGCGUGAGGCAGAUCAAGAUCAAGACCGGAGUAGUGAGGCGAUUGGUCAAAGAAAGAGUGAUGUAUGAAAAAGAAGCAAAGCAGCAAGAAGAAAAGAUUGAAAAAAUGAAGGCUGAAGAUGGAGAGAACUACGCCAUUAAGAAGCAGGCAGAGAUCCUGCAAGAGUCCCGGAUGAUGAUCCCAGAUUGCCAGCGUCGGUUAGAGGCUGCAUAUACUGAUCUUCAGCAGAUAUUAGAAAGUGAGAAAGACUUGGAAGAAGCCGAGGAGUAUAAAGAAGCCCGUGUAGUGCUGAGCUCCGUGAAGCUAGAAGCCUGACAUCUUUCUGUAUGGGAUGGUUUAUGCAUUAAAUCCUGGGGUCCAUUCUACAAUUCAUUAUUUUCGGCCACUGCUGUGUUUAAUAAUAUGAAAACGUGGUUCUUUUUAUGCAGUUGCAUAUAUUUUCUUUGCAUAACUUAAUGUGUCAAAUAAACGAGUUCAUCUAAUAAAAUUGUUUGUUUUAUACUUUA